AUGGAGAACGGCGGCGAGGCGAAGUGGCGCUUCGGGGCGGGGAACCCGGCGGUCCAGGCGAGUGGCCGGCAGAGCCUCCGCGCCCUCGUCACCCGCGUGUUUGACUGCGUCGACAGGAACGACCCGCGGCCGGUCGCGCCGCUCGGCCACGGCGACCCCUCCGCGUUCGCGUGCUUCCGCACGGCGGCUGCCGCCGAGGAAGCCGUCUCCGCCGCCGCCCUGUCAGGCAAGCACAACAGAUACUCCUCCGCCGGAGGCGUGCUGGAGGCGCGCAGCGCCGUCGCCGCGUACCUGUCCAGGGAGCUCCCCUACGAGCUCUCGACGGGGGACGUGGUCGUCACGGCCGGCUGCAACCACGCCAUCGAGAUCAUGAUGGCCGUGCUGGCGUCGCCGGGCGCCAACGUGCUGCUGCCGAGGCCGGGGUACCCGAUGUACGAGUCUCGCGCCGCGCUGUGCGGCCUCGAGUUCCGGCGCUUCGACCUCCUGCCGGAGAAGGAGUGGGAGGUGGACCUCGACGGCGUGGAGGCCCUCGCCGACGAGAACACCGUCGCCAUGGUCAUCGUCAACCCCAACAACCCAUGCGGGUGCGUCUACUCCUACGACCACUUGGCCAAGAUUGCAGAGACGGCGAGGAAGCUUGGAAUCAUGGUGAUCAGCGACGAAGUGUACGACCACUGCGCGUUCGGGAGCAAGCCGUUCGUGCCGAUGGGCGUGUUCGGGGAGAUAGCUCCGGUGGUGACCAUCGGCGGCAUCUCCAAGCGGUGGAUGGUGCCCGGCUGGCGCCUUGGCUGGAUCGCAGCCACCGAUCCCAAGGGGGUCCUCCGGGACAAGAACGUCCUAGAGUCGAUCAUGAGCUACUGCGCCAUCUCGGUGGACGCCGUGACGUUCGUGCAGGGAGCUCUGCCGCAGAUCAUCGCCAACACGGACAAGGCCUUCUUCGAGAAGGCCAUGGACGUGAUGAGGGAGGCGGCGGAGAUAUGCUACCGGAAGGUGGGCGGCAUCGAGUGCAUCACCUGCCCUCACAAGCCGGAGGGGUCCAUGUUCGUCAUGGUGAAGCUGGACCUCUCCUGCUUGGACGGCAUCGCCGACGACGUCGACUUCUGCACCCAGGUCGCCCGCGAGGAGUCCGUCGUCAUUUGCCCAGGUACCGUACUACAUACGUCUUCAAUGUUUUCCACGUUUCGUGUAGCUAUAUUGAGCAAAUUUCAUCCAAAGCACAUCGCUAGCGGUUUAAUUCAGAAUAUAGGGAUAAUGACUAGCAAAAAAGAAUGUAACGGCGACAAUUCACCAGCUGACUCAAAAUCGACAGUGGCUCAGCUUUAG